GAGUCUGCAGGUGACACUGCCUAGGUACCGAGCGCGGGCUGGGAGCGGGGACGCGCCGGGCUGCAGCCCUGGGAUGGAAUCCGCCCGCCUCGCCAGCUGUUCGCGGCUCCUUGGGCAGCGCCUCCGCUGAGCUCGGAGGACCGGGAGAGCGCUUGUCCAGGGCUAUGCACCUGCGGGGCGCUCCGAGGGCGCCGGUAGGUCUGCAGGCAGCCGGGGAAGCAGUGGAGCCGGAGGAACGAUCUUUGCCCCGGUCUAAGGCUCUGAUUCUGGAUGACAGAGAGGGCGGGUGACUCUUUUUAGAGUUGGAAAGAAGGCAAGACCUUGGAUCUUUCUCGGUAGAGGGACAGGUGACUCCCCCAGCUGGGUUUUCCACUUUCCUCACCUCUCCCACCCCGCGUGUCCCCAGCCCAGCGCCAAAGCCUCACUUCAAAGAUGCUUUGGGCGACUGGGAUCCUUGCUGCUCAGCGGGAAGGCAGCAGGCAAGUGGUCUAGCGGCGGCGGCGGCAGCGGCGGCAACAGCAAAGCGAAGAGCAAGAGAAUUUGAAAAGAGACAUCCGCUCCCUCUCACACGCUGAGGGGGAGGCAUUCGCGUUUCCCCGAACGAGACGGAGCCACAAGAAAUCAUGAAGUAAAAACUUUGGAGAGCUGCCACUAGAGAUGUUGCACGAAAAUCUGGAAUCUUUUAGGAGUCUCCUCCCAGUCGUUGGAGAUUUGGGGAGCAGCUGAUACUGCAAGGAGGGCUCUUGCAAAGAUUCAAGUUCCAGAGCCCUGGAAGAGCGGCAGAGUGGGAGAGCGUGGCAAGAGAAUGAAGAAACCAACCGCCCCGGAGAAGCAUGAGGUGGCAGUGGGGCACUCGGUUUAGAGGGCUUUGGCCGGCGGCCCCAUGGGCAGCGCUGCUGGCACUGGGCCUGCCCGGCUGGGUGCUGGCCGUCUCGGCCACGGUGGCCGCCGUGGUCCCAGAGCAGCAUGCUGCCUCAGCUGGCCAGCCGCCCCUGGACUGGCUGCUCACAGACCGGGGCCCCUUCCACCGCGCCCAAGAGUAUGCCGACUUCAUGGAGCGCUACCGGCAGGGAUUCACCACCAGGUACAGGAUCUACAGGGAGUUUGCCCGUUGGAAGGUGAACAGUCUGGCUCUGGAACGGAAGGACUUCUUCAGUCUGCCUUUGCCUCUUGCCCCAGAGUUUGUCCGGAACAUCCGCCUCCUGGGAAGGAGACCUAACCUGCAACAGGUUACUGAAAACCUGAUCAAAAAGUACGGCACUCAUUUCUUACUUUCCGCCACCCUUGGAGGAGAAGAGUCCCUGACCAUUUUCGUGGACAAGCGGAAACUGAGCAGAAAGGCAGAGACCGCAGGAGGUGCCCCUGUCCUCGGGGGCAGUGGGAACAGCUCUGCCGUGUCCCUGGAGACCCUGCACCAGUUGGCAGCCUCUUACUUCAUUGACAGAGAGAGCACUCUGCGCCGGCUGCACCACAUACAGAUAGCCACAGGGGCCAUCAAGGUCACAGAGACCAGGACCGGUCCUCUGGGUUGCAGCAACUAUGACAAUCUGGACUCGGUCAGCUCUGUCCUGGUGCAGAGCCCAGAGAACAAAGUGCAGUUACUAGGCCUGCAGGUGCUGCUGCCCGAGUACCUGCGUGAGCGUUUUGUAGCUGCGGCCCUGAGCUACAUCACAUGCAGCUCUGAGGGGGAGCUGGUCUGCAAGGAGAGUGACUGCUGGUGCAAGUGCAGCCCCACUUUCCCAGAAUGCAACUGUCCGGACGCCGAUAUCCAGGCCAUGGAGGACGGCUUGCUGCAGAUCCAGGACGCCUGGGCCACUCACAACCGGCAGUUUGAGGAGUCAGAAGAGUUCCAGGCCCUGCUGAAAAGGCUGCCCGAUGACCGGUUCCUGAACUCCACAGCCAUCUCCCAGUUCUGGGCCAUGGACACUGGCCUCCAGCACCGCUACCAGCAGCUGGGAGGCAGCUUGAAAGUGCUGUUCAAGAAGACCCAUCGGAUCGUCCGCCGCCUCUUCAACCUCUGCAAGCGCUGCCACCGGCAGCCUCGCUUCCGCCUUCCCAAGGAGAGGUCCUUGUCCUACUGGUGGAACCGAGUCCAGUCCCUCCUCUACUGUGGAGAAAGCACCCUCCCUGGCACCUUCCUGGAACAGAGCCACAGCUGCACCUGCCCCUAUGACCAAUCUUCCUGCCAGGGCCCCAUCCCCUGUGCCUUGGGUGAAGGGCCCGCCUGUGCCCGCUGCGCUCCAGACAACAGCACACGCUGUGGGAGCUGCAAUCCCGGCUACGUGCUGGCCCAGGGGCUGUGCCGGCCAGAGGUGGCCGAGUCCCUGGAGAACUUUCUCGGGCUGGAGACGGACCUGCAGGACCUGGAGCUGAAGUACCUGCUGCAGAAGCGGGACAGCCGCAUCGAGGUCCACUCCAUCUUCAUCAGCAACGACAUGCGUCUGGGCAGCUGGUUCGACCCUUCGUGGAGGAAGCGCAUGCUGCUCACCCUGAAGAGCAACAAGUAUAAGCCUGGGCUAGUGCACGUGAUGUUGGCCUUGUCCUUGCAGAUCUGCCUCACCAAGAACAGCACCCUGGAGCCUGUCAUGGCCAUCUACGUCAACCCCUUUGGGGGCAGCCACUCUGAGAGCUGGUUCAUGCCCGUGAAUGAGGGCAACUUCCCCGAUUGGGAAAGGACUAACGUGGAUGCGGCUGCCCAGUGCCAGAACUGGACUAUCACCCUGGGGAACAGGUGGAAGACCUUCUUUGAGACAGUCCAUGUUUACCUGCGGAGCCGAAUCAAGUCCCUAGAUGACAGCUCCAAUGAGACAAUCUACUAUGAGCCGCUAGAGAUGACGGACCCCUCGAAGAAUUUGGGCUACAUGAAAAUCAAUACUUUGCAGGUCUUUGGCUACAGCCUGCCCUUUGACCCAGAUGCCAUCCGGGACUUGAUCCUCCAGUUGGACUACCCAUACACUCAAGGUUCCCAGGACUCUGCGCUCUUGCAGCUGAUUGAGCUCAGGGACCGGGUGAACCAGCUUUCCCCACCCGGCAAAGUCCGGCUCGACCUUUUCUCCUGCUUACUCCGGCAUCGGCUCAAGCUGGCCAACAAUGAGGUGGGCAGGAUCCAGUCCUCCCUGAGGGCUUUCAAUUCAAAGCUGCCAAAUCCUGUGGAGUAUGAGACGGGCAAACUCUGUAGCUAACUGGGGGGGAACUCCUCCAGUGCCAGGCAGGAAGAGUAUCCCCAAAUCCAGGGUGCAGAGAGAAUCCAAGCCCUGCCUUAGUGCCAACAGGAGACGUUCAGCACCCAGGACCUGGGACCCUAAAGCUUGGGUUAAGCAGGCCAGAGAGAAACAGCCUCUGCACCUGUGCACAGAUGCGCGCACCCUGGAGCUCGUGCACACACACACACACACACGCACUCACACUCACACACCCUCACUGGGAGGCUGCAGCUCAGUGGCCUGGAACCUGCAGCCGGUGCUUUCUCAGAUGAACACAGUUGGAGGAGAGGAGCCAAAGAAGAGGUGGAGAAGAGCCAGCCCGAUCAUGCAACCAACAGAAACCCUUCAAGUGAUUCUUGUCACUCGGGAAAGCCAGAGGGGACAAAAAUGGGCGGGGAGGGAGUUCUUCCUCCCCUCUGCGGAGUCACUUUUGUAUUCUUUUUAACCAAAUUUCUUAAAAUGUCGUUCCUGUGGCUGCCUACGUUGGUUCCUCAUUUUUGUACACUGCCUCCUCUGUCCCCUCCAGGCCGAGCUCACUGCUCUUGGAGUCGCUUCCUUAGGAGGCCCGGAGGUGCAACCAGCAGGGGAACCCAGGCCCCCGGGGCGGGCGGUGCCUCCUGGCUCAGCCCCUCCACCCCUCCCUCCAGAGCCACCCUCCAAGCCGAGUCCCAGGCUCCCCUCGUGGCCCCUCCGGAGCUCCUCUUCCCUCGGCACCUGUUCUGUCCAAGACAGCAGCUCCAUCAAGACAGAGACAAUGUAUAGGGAAAUGUUCUUUUUUUAAAAAAACAAAAAUAUUUAUUUUGUGAUUGUUUUCCUUGUCAAUCUGCUCUAGCCACCUGAACAUCUGAGUAAAAAGUUACUUGAUUUAAUAUA